AUGCAAGUUUUCCUGGCGCAGAUGCACGUAUGCGCUGCGGGAAGGCGCGCCGCGUGCCGCGAUGCUGUGCACUACUGGCGCGUAAAACACUCUACUCCCGCGCAUUCAUAUGUGGAAAACCGACAAACUGACAGAGUGGACGUCGUAGUCCCGUCGUCACAUACCGAGAACACGCACACUACGUCGACGUUCAUGUGUUACAACCAAAGUGUUCGGUUGUGA